GUGUGGCGGAGUCCUCGCUCCUGCUUGCGCAUGCGCGCCUCCGAGGGAAGUCCGGAAGACGGAAGCCAAGGGGAGGUUCCCCGGAUGUGGUUGGGCGGCGGGGCGCGGCUGCUGGGCCUGGGCCUCCUCCUCGCCCACAGGGGGCCUGGCUGGGCGCAGCGCUGCUCCGGAAAGAGGGGCCCCUGGGCCAAGGCACUUCCGGCACCCUCCUGCCGGGCCGCUCCCGCCGCCACCGUCUCCUCCUCUAUGGCCGGUCCCAAGCUGCUCGGGCAGAAGGAGGCGCAGGCGCUGGACCAGGAGCUCUUUGAGUCCUACAAGUUCAGCCUGGACCAGUUGAUGGAGCUGGCCGGACUCAGCUGCGCCACCGCCAUCGCCAAGGCCUACCCGGUGGGCUCCUUUGCGUCCAGCCCUCCGGCCGUUCUGGUCGUCUGCGGCCCCGGAAACAAUGGAGGAGACGGGCUGGUCUGCGCACGACACCUCAAGAUGUUUGGCUAUGAGCCGACGGUGCAUUACCCGAAGCGGCCCUCCAAGGCCCUUUUCGAAGGACUGGUCACUCAGUGCCAGAAGAUGGACAUCCCCUUCCUGCCCGAGUUCCCCCCCGAGGCGGGGCUCAUAGACGAGCUGUACGGGCUGGUGGUGGACGCCAUCUUUGGCUUCAGCUUCCAGGGGGCCGUCCGAGAGCCCUUUGCGGGCAUCCUGGGCGUCCUGGAGAAGGUCACCCUCCCCAUCGCCAGCAUCGACAUCCCCUCCGGCUGGGAUGUGGAGAAGGGGCACCCGGAGGGCAUCCAGCCGGACCUCCUGAUCUCGCUGACGGCCCCCAAGAUGGCGGCCAAGCACUUUGGGGGCCGCUACCACUUCCUGGGGGGCCGCUUUGUGCCCAAGGCCCUGGAGGAGAAGUACGGUCUGCGCCUGCCCCCCUACCCGGAGACCGACUGCGUCCUGCGCCUCUCCUGAGGGGAGGGGAGGGGAGGGGAGGGGGGGCAGGGGACACCUCGACCUCCCUGCGGACCGGUCACAAGAUUCGUUUCUCCAGGUUUGGUCUUCACAACAUUCAGAAGAGAUGGAAACUCAGGUGCUCAAUAAAAGAGAUAUUGCAAU